GAAAAGGCGGAGGAUGGCGGCCGCUUGUGUUCGGUGGAGUAAACACGGGCUGACUUGCUGGCUGGUUGACUCCUCCUUUGACGCUGAGAGUCGGCCACGCCGAAUGCUCCCAUGGUCGCCUCGCCUUCUUUUUUUUUUCGCGUCCCUCCGAGAAACUCUACGCUCCGGGCACACAUGUUGAAGCCUCCCAGGAUUCCUGUGGGAAACGUAAACAGGAUUAAAACUUGGAUUUGGAACCCGCUCAGGUCCUUGUGAACUACAGCGGCCAUCUAGCACGUCCAUGCAUGGCAGGGCCUGCAGAGUUGCCUCACCCGCUUCCUGGCGCCCAGGUCGGCCGAGGACCAUGUGACCACCGGCAGUCUUUCAGCAUCAUGUGACCCGGCUGUUAUGGAAGUCAGAUUCGGCUCGCUUUAACAGGCACUGUCUUGGUCACAAUGCUUCUGUUUUUGGUGGCAACCACAACAUCAUCGAAUUUGAGCAGCAAUGGCAACCACACACAAGAGGGCGUUCCGUCCACUGGCCACCACGUCCUCCCCACUGUCCUGGUCCUGUCCCUGCUGCUGCUCAUCGUCGUGCUGCUGGCCUGGUACCUCCUCAGGUUAAAAAACCAGAGGAAAGCGGUGGUCACCACAGUCGACAAGAAGCUGCCGAAUGGCAACCUGGAGGAGCAAGACGCGACGGUGGUCCUCCUGCCCAGAUCCCCCUCUGCCGCCAAGAACUACCCGCCGCUCGCCGUGGAACACCUGGAGGACGAGUACAGGCUGCGCUCGGCUGACGACGGAAAACUCUUCCGGGAGGAGUACAACUCGCUGCCGGGAGGGCACGCCCAAGGAACGUACGAGGAGGCCAACAAGGAGAACAACAAGGACAAGAACAGAUAUCCCAACAUUCUUCCCUAUGAUCAUUCCAGGGUGGUGCUAACUCAGCUGGAAGGAUGCCCCGCCUGCGACUACAUCAACGCCUCUUACAUCGACGGCUUCACCAUAAAGAACAAAUUCAUAGCAGCUCAAGGUCCAAAGGAGGACACGGUCGCCGAUUUCUGGAGGAUGAUUUGGGAGCAGAAGGUGUCGACUGUUGUCAUGCUGACCAACCUGAAGGAGAGGAAGGAAGACAAGUGUUACCAGUACUGGCCGGAUCAGGGCUGCUGGACGUACGGGAACGUGCGCGUAGCAGUGGAGGACUUCACCGUGCUGGUGGAUUACACCAUCCGCAAGUUCUGCAUCCAAUACCAAUCCAGCGACGCCGGCAAGAUGCUGCGUUUGGUCACGCAGCUCCACUUCACCAGCUGGCCCGACUUCGGCGUGCCCUUCUCGCCCAUCGGCAUGCUCAAGUUCCUCAAGAAAGUCAAGGCGCUCAAUCCGGCCUUUGCGGGGCCCAUCGUGGUCCACUGCAGCGCCGGCGUUGGUCGGACGGGCACGUUCAUCGUGAUUGACGGCAUGAUCGACAUGAUGCACGCCGAGCAGAAAGUGGACGUGUUUGGCUUCGUUUCGAAAAUCCGAGAGCAGCGUUCGCAGCUCAUCCAGACGGACAUGCAGUACUCGUUCAUCUACCAGGCGCUGCUGGAGUACUUUCUGUACGGAGACACGGAGCUGGAUGUGUCGUCUUUGGAGGGACACCUGCACAAGCUGCACAACACCUUCAACCAAGGCGACCGCGUCGGCCUAGAGGAGGAGUUCAAGAAACUGACCAACAUGCGUAUCAUGAAGGAAAACAUGAGAACGGGAAACCUGCCCGCCAACAUGAAGAAGAACAGGGUGCUGCAAAUCAUUCCGUAUGACUUCAACAGAGUGAUUCUCUCCAUGAGGAGAGGUCAGGAGUUUACUGAUUACGUCAACGCAUCCUUUAUAGACGGCUACCGGCAAAAGGACUACUUCAUUGCCACGCAGGGCCCGCUGCAGCACACGGUGGAGGACUUCUGGAGGAUGGUGUGGGAGUGGAAGUGUCACUCCAUUGUCAUGCUGACCGAGCUGCAGGAGAGGGAGCAGGACAAGUGUUACCAGUAUUGGCCCAGUGAGGAGUCGCAGACGUACGGCGAUUACAGCGUGGAGAUGAAGGGCGACGCCUUGUGCGACGCCUUCAGCCUACGAGACUUGGUACUCACCUUCCUGCCGGAGAAGGUGACGCGCGUGAUCCGGCACUUCCACUUCCACGGGUGGCCCGAGGUGGGCAUCCCGGCCGAGGGGCGGGGCAUGAUCGACAUCAUUGCGGCGGUGCAGCGGCAGCAGCAGCAGUCGGGCAACCAUCCCAUUGUGGUGCAUUGCAGCGCCGGCGCCGGUCGGACCGGUACGUUCAUUGCACUGAGCAACAUCUUGGAGCGCGUCAAAGCGGAAGGCCUGCUCGACGUCUUCCAAACUGUCAAGAGUUUACGAAUGCAGAGGCCGCACAUGGUCCAGACGGUGGAGCAGUACGACUUCUGCUACAGGGUGGUACAAGACUUUGUGGACAUUUUCUCUGACUAUGCCAACUUUAAAUGAGUUGAUUCUUCGCCUUAUCAACGUUGUCGUUGUCUUUUCUUUUUUUUUUCUCUCUCUCUCUAAAGCCGAUUGGUAAACGAUGUAUUUUUUGCUAUGCACUUGCCCUAACAUCAACUAAACCUCCGCCCAGCCUGUAUUAUAUAUAAAAAGAAUUGUACAUGGGUUAAAUAAAACAAAGUGGUAAUUUAUAUUUUGCAGUAUGUAUGAUAAUUGUCUGAUAAGUUCAGUUGUUAUUAUUGUAUAAUAUUGUACCUUGCAAUGUUUAUGUCCAUGUAAUAUUUUUUAAAGUUGUAAAUGUAUUUAUCUACCGAAAGCCACCUUUUGUUUGUGAAACUUUUUUUGUUUGUUUGCUUGUUUUUUUUUUUCCCCCUGGCAUUUUAUGAUGACUGCGUGACAUGUUCAUCAAGUCCUCAAAUAUAAUUCAGCCUUCGUUGUGUACCUCGCACACCUGGCGCAUUUAAAUCAAGGAAAAAAAGCACAUAAAACUCAGCCUUUUACAACCAAAAACUUACAUGUAGAUUUUUUUGGGUGCUAGUUUUUUUUUUUUUUGUGAACACUAAUUUUACCAACUAUUAAUUCAAACGGAAAGAAAAGCACAAAUUAGAAUGCAGUAAGAGUCGAUGAUUUCAAAAGUAACACAGACAACACACCUUUUAUUCAAGUAAUAUGAAACCUGGAAGAGACUUGGCGGCUUGUCUGAUUGUAAAGAUUCCAAAAUAACUCGGCGACCGCAUUAAACUCAACUUUGGGAAGAA